CAACUCAUCCUUUUGCUCAAUAGUCGACGAUCACUCGCAGUCGCAGAGUCCCCAGACUCCCCACCAAAAUGUUCACCUUCAUCGCCUUCCUUUCGUUUUGAUGAUCCCACCUGAUCUCAUCAUCCAAGGGCCACAAAAGCCGCAAUGCUCUCUCUUCAACUCCUCCCCGCCCUCCUCAGCCCCAAGCCUUCCUCCCUCACCGCCGCAAACCCACCAAAAACCUUUAAACCCAAAACCCUAAAACCCAAACCUUCUCCCACCUUCACAGUCCGCGCCAUCCUCCAAUACAACAGGAAGCCCCAAUUGUCCGGCGAUACCCCCCGCGUCGUCGUCAUCACCUCUGGAAAAGGAGGCGUUGGCAAGACCACGACCACCGCCAAUGUCGGCCUCUCCCUCGCCCGCCUCGGCUUCUCCGUGGUUGCCAUCGACGCCGACGUCGGCCUCCGCAACCUGGACCUCCUCCUCGGCCUCGAGAACCGCGUCAACUACACCGUCGUUGAGGUGCUCAACGGCGACUGCCGCCUCGACCAGGCGCUUGUCAGGGACAAGCGCUGGUCCAACUUCGAAUUGCUCUGCAUCUCAAAGCCCCGGUCCAAAUUGCCGAUGGGGUUCGGCGGAAAGGCCCUGGUCUGGGUCGUCGACGCUUUGAAAGCCAGGCAAGAGGGCUGCCCGGACUUCAUCCUCAUUGACUGCCCCGCCGGAAUCGACGCCGGCUUCAUCACCGCCAUUACGCCGGCCAAUGAGGCCGUGCUGGUGACCACGCCGGAUAUCACAAGCUUGAGAGACGCUGACAGAGUCAUUGGGCUGCUGGAGUGUGAUGGAAUUAGGGAUAUAAAGAUGAUGGUGAACCGGGUCCGGACAGAUAUGAUCAAAGGGGAGGACAUGAUGUCGGUGCUCGAUGUGCAGGAGAUGUUGGGAUUGGCAUUGUUGGGGAUGAUUCCGGAGGACACGGAGGUCAUCAGAAGCACCAACAGAGGGUACCCUCUGGUUUUGAAUAGGCCGCCCACAUUGGCAGGACUGGCCUUCGAGCAGGCAGCGUGGAGGCUUGUUGAGCAGGAUAGUAUGCAGGCUGUCAUGGUGGAGGAAGAGCCCAAGAAGCGCGGCUUCUUCUCGUUUUUCGGAGGGUAGAAAGUGCUGCAAUUUUGAAGCUUGCAAGUAUUGUUUUGCUUGUGUUUUUUAUCUGCAGAUGAAUGUUCAGGAGUGGAGGGAAAUUGAGUGAAGCUGUGUACAGAGUAAGUCAGUUCAAUUUUGUGAUUGUGUCUCUGUUAGUGAUCGCUAGAAUUAUAGAUUUCUAGUUUUUAUUUUUAGGGAAUGCAAGGAUUAGUGUGAUGUAUUUACAUUGAUUGAGAAACAAGUAAAAUUGGUACCUCUCUUUCGAUUA